AUGGAAAACGACUUGAAGGAAGAACUGAAUAGAAUGAGAGCAGCAUGGGCAGCAUUCGCAGCCGUCAGGGAAGCUACGGACCAACUGAUGUACCAAGAUCUUAAUGCCCAUCUGUUCGACUCGAAAGUUCUUCCAGGGCUCUGUUACGCAGCGGAGACUUGUGGUACGUGGCAGUCUGUUGUGUUACCAAGUCUAGCUAAUAAAGCACUGACGAAGGCGAUAACGCCGAAACGUUAA